AUGUCUUUAUCAUUAAUUAAUUCUAUAUCUGUACUCCAUGAAAAUAGAGAUUAUUUAGCUUUUGAUCUUAACAUUUUUGUUGUUCUUAAUGAUUGGUAUAAAAUUUCAACUAACCAAGUCAUUAUUUUUAAUAUUCAACAAAUUAUAUCUCGUUUAAUUUUAAAUUCAUCUCAUCGUGCUGAACUUUUUAUGAGUAUUCCAACUGCUCUUAAUGCUAUUAUAGAAACAGCUGGAUACACUGUUCGUUUAUUAAAACAGAAAAUAACUCCUCAAAAUUCUACAAGAGAAGUGAGAGAUGUCAGAGUAGCUUAUGAAGCAACAAGAAUACUUUGUAAUUUAAUUAUUUUAAAUUCUGAUUAUGCAAAUACUAUCAUGAAAGAUCCUUAUAUCAUUUAUGCAAUUCUUGAUUUAAUUCAUUCUCAUUAUCAAAUCUUGAAAGAUGAAGGAUUUUCUGCUUUAAAUCGUUUGAAACAAUAUGAAAUUAUAACUGAUGAUGAUAUUAACAAAGCUGAAGCAAAUCGUAUUUGA